AUGUCACGCCGUUUUCCAGUCCGCCCCUCGAGGGGCAGGACAACUCGUCGUCAGGCAUCCAAAGAAGACGAGAUCCCCGAUGUUUACCAGGAGAUGCUAGAAGAAGCCGAAAAAAGAUACCCCGAACAAUUUCGCCCAGAUGGCCCGGGCUCACAAGCACAAGUCAGACGCAAGAGAUACAAGCCUCAAAUUUCAACAGAUGGCGCAGCAGAUAAAAUAGAAUCAGAUGAAUCAGACGUGGAGUGGGAAGACGUCACAAUACCCACUCCUGCCGUUAUAUCUACAGGAGUUUCAGUUGUUGAAUCUGCAGGAGGCUCGGCCGUUGCAUCUAGAGGAGACGAUGAAAUUCUCGCCAUAGAUCUUGUUCCGGGGUCUGAGAGUCAGCAGAACAUUCAGAAGCGGAAACAGCAGAGGCAGAAACGGGCCACUCAAUACGAGAAGAACCUGCGUAUUGAGUUCCACAAACUUCAUGUGCUUUGUCUCGUGGGUCAUGUGAGUCUUCGAAACAAUUGGUGUAACAGCCGAGCAUUGAAGCUUUUUUUGAGUCCGCUAAAUACCGAGAUGAACAAGAUGUUUCUAAAUUCCCAGGAAAAAAAUUGGGCUUUCCAUCUUGAGGUCCAACAUUUCAUCAGACACCUGAAAGUAGCAGUGAAAAAGCUCGUUGAGCUAUUUAGGGUGACGAAGUCAGGUUUGACUCGAGCUGAGUGGGCCGAAAAUGAUAUUCAGUUGACGAAGAGAGAACAGGCGAUACUCGCCCAUACAGAGAAUUUCGAGGACAAAAAAGCGUUCAUAUCGCAGGCUCAACUUGGGUUUGGAUCCCGCGACUUCAUCGCCCAGCUCCUUUGUGCUCUCCUACGCGAUGCUGGCGUUAAAACAAGACUGGUAUGCUCGCUGCAAGCCUUGUCAAUUUCGUCUACCCAAUCCAAAGUCACUAGUUUUCAUACACAGAAAAAGUGCGACAAUACGCCCCCUUCCUCAAUUUCAUUAACUCAGCCAUCACGAGUGCAGAGGCCUGGGCGAUCAACAAUUUUUUCACGCACCGCAUUGCCUUCACGCCCCGCAAUGCCCUCACGCCCCUCUACUGAACCCGUACUCACUUCACGUCCUGCAGACUCAGAGUACCCGGUGUUUUGGGUGGAAGUGUUCGAUAAAACAUCAAAGAAAUGGAUGCCAAUCGAUCCAUUUUCGAAAGAUUGGACAUGGAGCGUGGGAUCUUUUGAACCUCCUGCUACGCAUGCGCUGAACAAGAUGUCUUACGUAGUUGCCUUCGAUGAGGAUGGCUCCGCUAAGGAUGUUACAAAACGUUAUGCGAAAGCUUUUAACACCAGAACCUUUCAAUAUAGGGUGGAAUCUACGCCUGGUGGAGAAGAAUGGUGGAAUAAUGUUAUGAACCACUACAAGAAGCCACUUCCCGACGAACACAGCGAGGCGGAAGACAUCCAGAUGGCAGAGAAGGUAGCAGCAGAGCCUAUGCCAACCAGUUACGAAGGCUUCAGAAAACACCCCAUCUUCGUCCUCGAGCGUGAUCUGAAGGAACACGAAGUUGUAUACCCCAAAACUUCUUCCUCGAUUUUCUCAUUUAAAGAAAAACAGAUGCCUGUAUAUCGCCGCGCCAAUGUGCACACCGUGAAGAGUCCUGAAAAUUGGUUUCAUCUCGGACGCGUGGUGAAAGAAGGACAAACUCCUCUCAAAGACAAUAAGCGCAUCAAAAGUGGAGAGCCACUGGGAUUCUGUCGCAUUCCAUGGUUGCGCACGCCCACGCCUGGACUCUAUGCGGAGUGGCAGACUGAUAUCUACCAGCCACCACCAGUGGUAGAUGGAAAAAUACCUACAAAUGACUAUGGGAAUGUAGACUUGUACGUCUCGAGCAUGGUGCCGUCUGGAGGGUUGCAUAUCAGCGACCCCAAUGCGCGUCAAGCGGCGAAAAUUCUCGGAAUUCACAGCGCACAGGCAGUCAUCGGGUUUAACCACUCCUCUCGACAUCAGUCAACGCCGAUCCUCGCAGGUAUUGUUAUUGCUUCAGAGUAUCGAGAAGCUCUUGAAGAAGUUUUGAUUGCUAUGAAAGACGAUCAACUCCAAAAAUCGACUCAGGACAAAACCAACAUCGCCCUUCAAGCCUGGCGUGACCUCCUUUUGAAACUUCGAAUCCGAGAAAAAGUCAAAGCCUACGCCAGCGAAGAUGAAGACAGCAACGUUUCUUUAUCUGAUGAAGAUAUGGAUGAUGUUUACAAUGUUGAAGAAGCCGAUGUUGACGAUGCUGAAGAGGUUGAAAAAGCCGAUAAUGCCGGUGGGGGAUUUCUCUCAGAACAGGGUUCAAGGUCCCGUCGACUAUCUGUUACUCCCUGGCAACAUUUUGAAUUGAAAGUGGUUCCAAACGAGCCCAAAAUUGACACUAUGGAUAACUCAGACACAGUGCCUCUGGAACCUAUCAUCCGCCCUGACUCUCCUACUGUCUCUCUGCCUGACUCCCCUAUCGUCUCCCGCCAGGGUCCUCUUGAUCCUAGUUCCCCAAAUUCGAUUACGACCCCAGCUUCAGUUUCAGCCUGGGCUUCGGCUUCAGAAGACGACGUUCCAGACUGGCUACUUUGA